GUGCGCGCUCCCGUCGAGCAGUGAACGCGAGUUUUACGCGCGUGCCCCGUGAAGGCGACUGCGGCUGAGGCGGCGAACGGAAAAAAAAAAAAAAAAAAAAAAAAAAAAAACAAGCAAAGCGGAGCUGAGACAAGACGGACACAGUUUACCUCCACAUCACAAGAUCCAAGUUCGCAGCGGAAAUCUCACGCCCUGCCGGGUCGUGUUGUUGUCAGGGGCUGCUGAGGAUUUCCACGGACGGAAACCAAAGGAUGCAGUGUAGACUUGGCUGGUGACUGACUGGUCUGCAGGCUCGCUGCUUCGCUCGUCCCUGGAGUUACCCUGUUGUGGUGGGGAGGGGACAGAUUCCUGCACUCCCCUCCUCAUAGUCUCUUUGUUUGGAUAAAACUAACCGGCUGCUGCUGGAGUACGCAGCCGAUCCUCGUCCGUGUUACUUGGCUCAGUGCUCCUGACUGAGGAGAGCGCAGAAACCGCACAAGAUUCACUUUUAACCUGCUGGUCCCUCCCGGCCCCGCCCACGCUCCCCUGACACCAUGGUGCUGUCACAACGGCAACGAGAUGAGCUAAAUCGAGCAAUAGCGGAUUAUCUACGUUCAAAUGGAUAUGAAGAAGCGUAUUCCACUUUCAAGAAGGAAGCUGAAUUAGAUAAUAAUGAAGAACUGGAUAAGAAGUAUGCUGGUCUUUUGGAAAAAAAAUGGACCUCGGUUAUCAGAUUACAAAAGAAGGUGAUGGAACUUGAAUCUAAACUGAAUGAAGCUAAAGACGAAAUCACCCUGGGUGGCCCCGUAAGUCAAAAGCGUGACCCCAAAGAGUGGAUCCCUCGCCCGCCAGAAAGGUACGCUCUGAGUGGCCACCGCAGUCCGAUCACCCGCGUUAUCUUCCACCCGGUCUUCAGCGUCAUGGUGUCGGCCUCUGAGGAUGCAACAAUAAAGGUGUGGGACUAUGAGACGGGAGACUUUGAACGCACACUGAAAGGCCACACGGAUUCAGUGCAGGACAUCUCGUUUGACCAGACUGGCAAACUGCUGGCCUCCUGCUCUGCUGACAUGACUAUCAAACUGUGGGACUUCCAAGGCUUUGAGUGCAUCAGGACCAUGCAUGGGCACGACCACAAUGUUUCAUCUGUCGCUAUCAUGCCCAACGGAGAUCACAUUAUUUCAGCUUCGAGGGACAAAACUAUGAAAAUGUGGGAAGUUGCAACUGGCUACUGCGUGAAGACCUUUACAGGUCACAGGGAGUGGGUCCGCAUGGUGCGGCCCAAUCAGGACGGGACACUGAUAGCUAGCUGCUCCAACGACCAGACGGUUCGCGUUUGGGUCGUGGCCAACAAAGAAUGCAAGGCUGAGCUGCGGGAGCAUGAACACGUGGUGGAGUGCAUCUCCUGGGCUCCGGAGAGCGCCUAUCCCACCAUCCAAGAUGCCACAGGCUCCGAGACGAAGAAAAGUGGCAAACCUGGUCCCUUCCUGCUGUCUGGAUCAAGAGACAAAACUGUCAAGAUGUGGGACGUUAGCAUUGGCUUGUGCCUUAUGACACUGGUUGGACAUGACAACUGGGUGCGUGGCAUCCUCUUCCACCCAGGAGGCAAGUUUAUUGUGACCUGUGCAGAUGACAAGACCUUACGGAUCUGGGACUACAAGAACAAGCGCUGCAUGAAAUCUCUGAGUGCUCACGAACACUUUGUCACCUCUCUGGAUUUCCACAAGGCUGCUCCCUUCGUGGUCACCGGGAGCGUAGAUCAAACAGUAAAAGUAUGGGAGUGUCGCUGAUUUGGACCUCCGACGAUUGGACCACCCUGAUUUUACCCAGACGCUCUUCUGGAUCCCUCCCUCUUGCCACCCCACCUCUCCUUUCAUCCGCCCCCCUCCUCUGCCCCCACCACCUAACCUAAAACUCACGCCGCUCAUCUUCGUCUCCUACAGCUGCACUCGCCACCAUAAUUUACCCUCAGCGCUCUCUGGUCCAACAACUUUUUGUCCUUCUGUGUAAAUUAUUCCUGGAUGUAGAUUGAGCUUAUAAAUGUUACACACACAUACACACACACACACACACACACACGCAAAGUAUUCUUGCAUGGUAAUCCAAAAUUGUAUACUGUACAUUUACAUGAUUUUUGUCUAGAAGUACCAUAGGUUUAACACUGGGCUGAGCGUCUGUCACACAGCCUUACUGACCAACUGAAGGCAGAUGUUUUCGACUGGGUGUGAAACAUAGGGCACUAAAAAACUGAUAAUUUAAGAAAUGACAGUGUCUUUAUGUGUAAAAUUUAUUUUUGUUUAUAUUUUUUAUUUAGGAUUUUGUUUCCCUCUCCUUCACUGUCGUAGUCUGGUGGUGCCUCGCUUCACAGAUGGAGGCAGGAAAGCGUAUAGGAGACGUCCGCGGGGCUUCGUUAUCGACGUAAUCUGUAGCUUUAUAACCUCACUUCUCGGGUGUGCAUACCGUUUCUCUUCAUGUGCAACUAGGUUAUAUUUCAAUGGCUGUAUAUACAAAUG